CUGACUGACUGACUUUUUCGACUUUGGGGCUGCUCUGCUUUGUUUAAUACCUAUUUGACGUUAAUAAGUGAUUGUUGUACAGACUUGCAGUCGGAUCAUUAAAGAAUUAAUAAUAUUAGUUGGUUACUAAGAUAUACCAACUAAUUUAAAGUUAAAGCAGUUAAAAAAAAAAAAAGCUCAAAUAACCGAGACAACGAUCGACGCCGACGAUUGCCAAUAUGUGUAUGGUGGCGGUGGGGUGUUGGAGUUAGUGAGUGAGUGAGAGGGCUUUUUGGGGCCAGCCAGGUAGAUAGUGCGCACUCGCUCUCCGGGCCGGACGGACGGAGGGACAGAUGGCUUUUAGCCCCCAUUUGGACGUUUUUAUGGCUUAUUGAAAUCGAACAGCGGCAGUCAAAAAGCGCGCGCUACGCUUGCCACUACCACCGAGAUCCAACCAAACGAUCCACAUUUCUUUUAAAUAUUUUCCAUUAAAAUCUUAAACUUUGGAAAAUGUAGUCAGUGCAAAAAUAUAUAGUUACAAAAAAAAAAUAAAUAAAUAAUUCCGUCGGAUACUAAUUGCUGUUCAUACAAAUUAUAAAGUGAUCGCGCAUUAAAAACCAAUUGGUGUGCAAAUAAUUCCUUCAACAAACAAAUCAAGUUCAUUAAAUACAAAAAAAAAAUAAUAAUAAUCAAAGAAAAUUCAUUAAAUGUGAAACCCGCGAACCCGCGAAUUUUCUUUUCUGUUCUGUUCUGUUUUUUUUUUUUUUGCCCGAUUUUCCGCACGCGAGAGCCUCCUCCCCGCCCCCUUUAGAACCGGAAUAAUUAUGAGCAAUUAUAAUCCGAAUUGCGGUUACUUCGAGGAUUGCAGCUAUUACACGAACAACGUGUACAGCCAACAGGAUUAUUGCAUGCAGCCGGAUUACGAGUACAACAAGCAUGUCUACGACCUUUUUGACGCCAAAGUGCCGUCGUCGCAACGCUCUGGCUUCCACAUAUCGGACAUCCUCAACCUGGAGGGCUCCGAGCUGAAGAACGCCGCUGCGGCCGCCGCUGCUGCCGCCCAUCAUGGCAGCGAUCUGAGCCACCACCACCACCACCCCCACCAUCAUGCGGCAGCAGCCGCCGCAGCGGCAGCGGCGAUAGCUGGUGAGACGGCCGGCGGUAAUGUGGGGCAUGCCACGCCAUCAACCUUGUCGCCGACACCGGCCGGUGGAACUACGGCCGCCUCGGCGACGGGGACAGGAGCGGGCGGUGGAGAGGAGCAGCAUUCCGGAUCGGUGGAGCAUCACACCACCGAACACCAUGCCCCGCCGCAGCAUCCGCACCACCACCAGCAGCCGCAUCAUGCUGCCCACCUGCAACACCAUCAGCACCACCAGCAACCGCAGCCGGGCCAGGGCCAGCAUCCGCACCACCAGCAGGCGGUGGCGCCUCUUCCCCUGCCCCACCAUCAGGGUGGUGGUGCGGGUGGCGAUGUCAGUCAUGCCCAUACCGCCGCCGCUGCCCAUCUGCUGGCCAGCCACAAUGCCGCCGCUGCGGCAGCCGUCGCCGCCGGCCAAUAUCUGCCGAAUCUGCCCAAGAACUUUGCCGGUAGCUUCCAGGACGAGAUGUCCUCGUACCAUCACAUGGCCCAGACCAUGUUGCAGCACUCGGGACGAAGUGCCUGGAUCAAGGAGAAUGAGAUCUAUGGCAACCAACAACCCGCCAGCCCCGACAGCACCUCCCCAGUGACCUCGGAAGUGUCGUACACCUACAUCGGUUCCAAUUGCCAGACCUCGCCGGCCCUCUCCGGGGACUACAAGUCCUACAGCCGGUCGGCGGACAGCGAUGCCUUGUCCGUGGGCGAUGCCCUCAAUUCGAUGCACGGCCCACCCGGCGGAGCACCGUCCGCUGGAGGACCUUCCGCUGCUCAUGUCCUGCACAAUAACAACAACAAUACCACAAAUAAUAACAACAAUAGCCUGAAGCACGACGGGAUAAACGGAGGAGGAAGUAGCAACCAUGAUGAUAGUCUGAAUGAGGAUGGGAUCGAGGAGGAUAUCGAUGAUGUGGAUGAUCCGGACGGUAGUGGGGGCGGUGGUGGUGGAUCCGGGGAUGGGAUGCCGAAUAAGAAGCGAAAGCGCAGGGUUCUGUUUACCAAGGCCCAGACCUACGAGCUGGAGCGACGAUUCCGCCAGCAGCGCUACUUGAGCGCCCCGGAGCGGGAGCACCUGGCCAGUCUGAUCCGCCUGACGCCCACCCAGGUGAAGAUCUGGUUCCAGAACCAUCGCUACAAGACCAAGCGGGCCCAGAACGAGAAGGGCUACGAAGGCCAUCCGGGCCUGCUGCACGGCCAUGCCACCCAUCCGCACCACCCGUCGGCCCUGCCCUCGCCCCGCCGCGUAGCGGUGCCUGUCCUGGUGCGCAACGGUAAGCCCUGUCUGGGCGAUCCCACCUCCAAGCUGGGACCCGACUGUGUCGCCUCCGCCACGGCCACCGCCAUGCAGAAUGCGGCCGCCGCCCACCACCUGGUGGCGUUGAAUGGGGCGGCCGCGUACCAGCAUGCCGCCGCUGCUGCCGCCGGCCUCCAUGCCCAUGCCCAUGGAAUGGCCCACGCCCAUGCCCAGCACGCCCACGCCCAGGCGCGCUGGUGGCCCUAAUAUUGUUAGUAGGGGCCUGGAGCCACUCGAAUAACUAAAAAAAAACAACAAAACAAAACUAAUACAAGAAAUGGGUUAAAUGCAAUAUAACUGAA